ACAAAUAUUGCGUAUUCGUGAUCUUUUUACUCGCCUCACAACUCACUCAAUGCUUUUCAAGUUUCCAGGGGAAGCGUAAAUGUGACUAGAGAGCGCUGCACAUGGCUGAAUGAAGUGGUUGGGAGGAGCGAGCACAAUGCUGUAGGGGGUCAGGCGACAAUAAGCCAUCAGCACUUCACCAGCCCCCCCCCCCCCAUCUCCUCUGCGGUAGGGUGGUCUGGGAACAAGAUGGUUAGGACGCAUCGAUCUCCAUCUGUUAUGAAAGCUGCAGAAGUUGCACAGAUUCCACACGUGCCAGUCAUUCUUUUCAUAGGAUUGACGUUUGAUGUAAAAACGUGCAAGGAAUAUGGUCCCAACAACGCCAUGCGAACUCGUCCGAUUGGAGUAUGUACGUCGGCUAAGCCGAAAAUAAAUACUCAUUAUGCUAACGCAGGUGGACCCGGAGGAGGAAAAACCAGGCAUGCCGCUCGUAUUGCUAACACCCUCGCCGACCAAGGACUUGCUCAUAUUUGCAUGCCCGACGUUAUACGCAACGCACUCCUAAAAUAUAAGGAACGAUACUCAGAGUGGAAAGCAGCUAAUGAUUGCUAUCUUCGAGGUUGGUUCACACCGUUUGAUUUGUAG